GACCGCCGAGCCGCUCCGGCAGCGCCCUCCUCGCCCGCCUGCCCGCCCUCAGGCUGCCCGCGGAAUGAGCGUCCCCCGGGCGGCUGCUGCUGCUGCCGCCGCCGCCGCCGCCUCCAGUCGGGCUCGGCCGGGCGGGCGGGCACAAGGCGCGGCUGCCGGCGCGGUCGCUGCGGCGGGAGCGGAGUGAAUGAUCGAGGGGAGCGGCGCGGAGAGGCAGCCCCGGCGCCAGGAUGAGGGCGCCCGCCAACAUCCUCAACCUCCUGCUGCUGUCCUUGCUGGCCGGCCUCGAUCCCUCCCAGACUCAGAUUAGCCCCAAGGAAGGGUGGCAAGUCUAUAGCUCAGCCCAGGAUCCUGAUGGCCGUUGCAUUUGCACUGUUGUUGCACCUGAGCAAAACCUAUGUUCAAGAGAUGCCAAAAGCAGGCAGCUCAGACAGCUGCUAGAGAAGGUUCAGAAUAUGUCCCAAUCUAUUGAAGUUUUAAAUCUACGGACUCAGAGGGAUUUCCAGUAUGUUUUAAAAAUGGAAACACAAAUGAAAGGGCUGAAGGCCAAGUUUCGGCAAAUUGAAGAUGAUCGGAAGACAUUAAUGACAAAGCAUUUUCAAGAGUUGAAAGAAAAGAUGGAUGAGCUCCUGCCACUGAUCCCAGUUCUGGAACAAUACAAAACUGAUGCCAAAUUAAUCAUCCAGUUCAAGGAGGAAAUUAGGAAUCUGUCUGCUGUCCUCACUGGGAUUCAGGAAGAAAUUGGUGCUUAUGACUAUGAGGAACUACACCAGCGCGUACUCAGUUUAGAAACCAGGCUUCGAGACUGCAUGAAAAAGCUCACAUGUGGCAAAUUGAUGAAAAUUACAGGCCCCAUUACAGUCAAGAUAUCCGGAACCCGAUUUGGAGCCUGGAUGACAGACCCAUUAGCGUCAGAGAAAAAUAACCGAGUCUGGUACAUGGAUAGUUACACUAACAAUAAAAUUGUCCGUGAAUACAAAUCAAUUGCAGACUUUGUCAGCGGGGCUGAAUCAAGGACAUACAACCUUCCCUUCAAAUGGGCAGGAACCAACCACGUGGUCUACAACGGCUCCCUCUAUUUCAACAAGUAUCAGAGCAACAUCAUCAUCAAAUACAGCUUUGACACUGGGCGGGUGCUUGCGCAGCGCAGCCUUGAGUAUGCUGGCUUUCACAACGUCUACCCUUACACCUGGGGUGGCUUUUCUGAUAUCGACCUGAUGGCAGAUGAAAUCGGGCUUUGGGCUGUCUACGCCACCAACCAGAACGCAGGCAACAUUGUCAUCAGCCAGCUAAACCAGGAUACGCUGGAGGUGCUGAAGAGCUGGAGCACAGGCUACCCAAAGAGAAGUGCCGGAGAGUCCUUCAUGAUCUGUGGCACCUUGUACGUUACUAACUCUCACUUAACGGGAGCCAAGGUCUACUAUUCUUAUUCCACAAAAACCUCCACUUACGAGUAUACAGACAUUCCUUUCCAUAAUCAGUAUUUUCAUAUAUCCAUGCUUGACUACAACGCAAGAGAUCGAGCUCUCUAUGCCUGGAAUAACGGACAUCAAGUCCUCUUUAACGUCACCCUCUUCCACGUCAUUAAAACCGAAGAUGACACAUAAUUUUCUUGCCCUUCCCUUUCCCUCACCUCCCUCCCUCAACGCAGUGUCAUUUGUGAUAAACUCUAAAGCAUCCACCUCCCUCAGUUCCUUUUAAUUUACGUUUCUUUUUUCAUUAAGGAAAAGCAAAAUUUUCUACCAUAUAACUCAUUUCAAAUACGGCCGAGCCUGUCAAAAAUGACCUGUUGGAAAUAAAAGCAUCUUAACUCAUGAUUCUACAAGGUCUUGACAGACCUUGUCUUGAAAAGCACUAAAGAGGAUUUAAGUGGCUAAAGACAGUUUUAAAAAGAUUAUGAUCUGCCUUAUUUUAGAGUCAGAGACUAAUGGUGGCUUAAGUGCAUGAAUGUCUCUUUUUACCUCAUUUUUGUUUUUAAUCUAUUGCUCAACUUCAGGAGAUAUUCUGGUAGCGUCAGACACAUAUUGCACAUUGUAUUUUUUUAUUUAUUCCAAAAGAAAGAUUUAGGAAUUUAAUUUACUUGGGCACGGAGGAUGAUUCGUUUUGCCAUCACCCAAUUCCAGAUGUGGUGCUGUACAGUAUGUUUUUAAAUCUCUUGCAAACAUUUUAUCGACAGUAUGUAUUUCUACCAUUGUAACCACCAUCGUGCAAUUGUACCUCUUCACUUAUGUGAAAGUAAACUAAGUACUAUUUUUUAUAAAAUAUAUUGAAGCUUAAUUGCA